AAGAGAGGAAUCGAUUAGAAUUUGCAAAUGGUUCUUCAAUCUCUCACCUGAUUUUUACCCUUGGAUCGAAUAUGAAUGGACGAGUGAGCAAUUCACCUUUGAGUAUAAAGGAGAAACACACGUUCUCUGGGAUAGAUUCACGGUACAAAUUGGAACCAGGACAAGGAGCAUCACACACGAACACACAAUCUAUACAGGUAAACAUGCACCUUAACGUGAGAUAUAAAGAUCCCCGUAACUUAAAAGAGUUGUUAACCGAGUUCGAGAUUGAGAAUGAGGAAUUUGAAAACUGGAUCAAUGCUAUUCCUGGUAGUUACCGAUGGUGGUUCGUUGCUACCGACCGACAGUUAAAAUUAAAAGAUAAGAUGUUGGGUGAAACAAUUUACCCAAGUAGUUUACGCUAUAAUGGUGAAAUGUUAUUAUACCUACUAACGAGUGGAAAAUUG